AAGAAAAACCAGUCAAAGUCAAUAAUUUUGGAAAAUGGUUCGUUUUUUAGUUAUUUAUCUGUAUUUCCUUAGAUUUUAUAGCUACACAAAAAUUGUAAAUUAGCAAUAUUUUUCCACACAAUAUUAUCCAUCCAACACUUUUAUAUUUAAAAAUGUUAUGGUUUCCCUUUUUCAAAGUCAUCAUUAUUUAAUGCAGUUUUAUUAAACACGAAUCACACUAAACAUAUACCUAAUUAUAUAAUUUUGAUAAUAAUAAAAUAUGUGUAGACAAAUUUAAAAAUCACUUUCCGAGAGAUGACUAUUAGGAGUUUAUACAGCUAGUUUUAAUAUUUUUAGGAGGAAUACCUCCAAAUGGUAUACGAUUUCGUCAGCCAGGUGCUUAUCACUUAGCUCGAUGGAUGUCAAAAGCUAUAUACUGUCUUAAAAUUUUAAUGUUUUGUGAUCAAUUUCAAAUUUCAACAAAAGAAAAAAAGUCACUGGAAGAUAUAUGUAGUUUUAUAGUUGAAUGUUAUAUUCAAGUGUGGAUUUCGGCUCCAGAUAUUAUUACCGCUCCUAUAAAUGAUAUUAUGUUUUUAAAAAAGUUAUUGAAUUAUAACAAUAAUAAAUUGGGAGAAGUUGCUUUAAAAAAAUUCAUAAACCACUUGUGGUAUUUGAAUGAAGAAUGUGCUGUGUUUUCAUUAUUUGAUGACCGAGUUGACUACAAUACUAAACAUUGAAUGGCAAAUAAAAUUUUGCAAGGAUACGAAGAAAAUAUAAACGAAGAAGAAAAUGAAGGUUCAAAUAAAAAAAUUAACGUACAAUUUGACGAUGUAUCAAAUUUUGUUAAUCAAGAUCUUCCAUUUGCCCUGCUUAAUAAUAAAUCAUGGAAAUUAUUUCAACGAUUUAAAAUAUCUUUUAACUUUUUACGAGAAGAUCCAAGCACAUGGAAAGCCUUGGAUGAGUAUAUACAAGCUAAAGAAAUAUUAUCUGCACUAAAAGUCGUUAACGAUACAGCUGAACGUGGGAUAAAAUUGAUGGAGGAAUAUAAUGAAAAAUUCACUAAAAAUGAAGAUCAAAAACAAUUUAUUUUACAUAUAAGAAAUAUUUAUAUAAUCUUGUGAUAUUUUACCUUUUUCAAAUAAUAUAAAUACAUGUAACUUUUUUAAGUUAUUCAAGAAUAUCGCCAACAAUAUCCAGGGUUUAGCCGUGAGAUUUUAAAGAAAACUUAUGCUUAUUAAUAAUACAUCAUUAAUAUUAUUUUU